UAAAUUGAGAUUUAGUGUGGAAGAACCGUCAGCUGGGACAGUUCACGUUUUUUCAUUCAGUGAAUAGCUAAUAUAAUAAACGUUGAUUAUUCAAUAUCGAUACAAUAAUUUGAUCGAAAAAAUUCGGUGGAUGCAGAAAUACCAGAAAAAUCCAAGAAUUAAAUUGUUCAGUGUCUCGUAUCCAGGUGAUAUCGCCGUUAACUUAGGCAACGAAUUGAAACCAAUGCAAACUAAAGAUAAACCAGAAGUUAAAUGGGAAGCUGAAAAGGGGGCCUUUUACACGCUGAUUAAAAUUGACCUUGAUGCACCAAAUCGAAAAAAGCCAAUAUGGUCUGAAAUUCGUCAUUGGCUUGUGAUGAAUAUUCCUGAAGUUGAGGUAGAAAAAGGAGACGAGAUAGUUGAAUAUAUUGGAGCUGGUCCACCGCCUGAUGGUGGUUUACAUCGCUACGUCUUUUUGGUGUUCAAACAGCCAAAUGGGAGAAUUGAACACAACGAACCGCGUUCGACAAAGCAGCAAUGGAUUAAUAGGGCAAAUACAUCUGUAAUUGAAUUCAUGCGAAAAUACAAAUUGGGUGAUCCCGAAUAUGGAAACUUCUAUCAAGGGCAAUGGGAUGAAUACAGUGAUAUUCUUAAGGCACAAUUGAUGGGAUGAAUAUUUCCUUCCUUGAUCGAAAGAUAUUGACUUCAACAACUGAUCUGAAGUUAAAACAUCAAUGAAAAUUAAAUGAUUUGCACGAAUAUCAAAUAAUUUCCAUAAAAAUCAGCAGGUAUCUCAUGAAUAGGGUUUUUAAUGCACAUCUUUAGCAUGUUAAAAUCUUUGGCACUGGUUUUAU